AUGGAAGCAAAGGCAAACGAUUUUCAUCGGGUUCAUCGAAAGUUACGUAGUGAUGACGACGACAAAUGGGAUUGCAGCGUAUGUACUUAUAUAAACCCUAAGGAGUCAUAUAAAUGCGAAAUUUGUCAUACAAGGAAGGGUACUUCUACGAGGAAACCGCGUCUUAACAAUCAAGUAGUUGAGCAACAGCAGUUAAUUGCUCAAACUAUUCUGAAGGAAAAGGAUGAUGAGCACAAAAAGAAAAGGGAAUCAAAGUGUAAACAAAGCGUAUCAAGCAAUUUUCGUCUUAAACACUUUGAUCGGUCUUCACCCCUACUAUUUGAGAUCUUUGCAAAUGGCUAUAGUGUUAUUAUCACAGAAUUUCAGCCGAAGUCCUCCAAGUCUAAUAGUCGUAGUUUCUCAGAAAGUCCUGCACUUUCUAACUCAUCAUCACAUCAUGGUUUUGGCGUUAAUCCUGGUAAUUUAGCUGAUGAUAUAUCAUCAACAGAUUCAUUGACCAAUGUGCCUAUUACUUCACGACCUCAUCACCUUUCAACUCUUUCAGAGUAUGAAUUUAAUGAUCCUAUGGAUAUCAAACCUCCUAAAAAUACUGAAUAUCCAUUAAAAUCUAAUUUCACUAUAACAAGAUCUGGUCCACCAUCAACUGAAGAACCUUUACGUCCCUGUCGAUCUUAUUCAUCUGCAUCAAGUUCCGUUGGAGGUAACACAUUAAGUCGAGCAAGUUCACCCCACAAUUCAAUUGAUCCUUGCCUCUCUGAUGUUAAAAAAGAGCAAGCUGCUCUUGAAGCUGAACAAGCAGCUCAUGAUGGUGAUGAUGAAUGUGAAGAGGAUGAGAAUAUUCUUAAAGUUCGCUUAUCUAAUGAAUCAAAGCAAUGUUCACCGUCUGGUACAGAACAGUCUAAACGUUCAGUACUACGAAGUGUCUCGCUAAACUCAUCUUGUCCCCCUCAAAAUCGUCGAGGUCAUCGAGGAGGCAGAUUAAGAUGUCCACCUGGUAUAUCGCCUUUAAAACGCAAAAAGCUAACUCGUGGUUCUAGUAGUCGUAAUACGUCAUGUGGUAAUCAGUCGAAAGGAAAAGUAUCAAACGAAUGCAACACAUUAGUACCGCCCAUAAUUUAUCGUUCUUUACGUAAUAAUAGCAAUAAUACUAAUAAUAACACUGAUAAGUGUGCUUUAACUAUUUCCGAUUCCAAAAAGUCCUCCUCAAAAAGAUUUAAAAAAUUACCGCGUCAAUCUGAUGCAAAUUGUAAACCUCAAAAACGUCAACGUUUUGAUGAAUUAUGCGGUAAACCACUUACAGGAAAUGCUUCAAGACAUGAAAAAUGUUCAAAGUGUGCUGUAUUAUCCAGUAAACCACUCAUCUUCCCUGAUGUUGAUGACGAUGAUGGUGAUCAUUAUGCACCAACCAUACAUUCAUCACCAGAUCUUCAUAAAGAAUCUGUAUCCACUGUCGUCGCUACACCCCAGACACGUCCACGUUUAUCAACAGAAUCUAAAAAUACAAGUGCAAUGACAGAUAGCAGUGGAGCUACUGCCUUGGAAAUGUCUAGUUAA